UUCAGACGUCGACUUUCUGUGCAUUAUGAUGCGCGCUAUAGGCCUACCGUUCGGCUUAUACCACGCCAUCGAGCGCGAAAUGGCGAACCGCAGCGACUGGAGCGACGUGAUCGCCAUGAAGGGUGCGCGGGAAGUCUUGAGGGGAGUCAGGUACCCGAACGACGCCACCAGGCGGUCGCUGUACGCAUCCUGGCUGAGGGUGGUUGCCUCCGACAGGUGGGAGGAGUCGUUCGACCACGUCAUGCUCGAGUGCGUGGCGGCCACGCCUUCGCCGUCGGCCCCGUGGAAGCCGCUGUUCGCCAACAUAUACCGAGUCCGGGACGUGAUGGACCUGCCGUUCCCGGAUGUGCCGACGCCCGUGCUGAACCUGUUAAAGAUGCCUAGGCUGUUCGAGCGCAGGCCCGAGAGCGUGGAGCCGCUCCCUUCAUCUCCUGGAUUCGUCGACUUCCUCGCCGACCUGAUCAGGAAGAGUGACAGCUCUCGGGCUGCCCUGAACGAGGCUGGCCUCAUCAUCGGCUUCUACAGCCUGGCGCUGUCCUUAGUCGUAGCCUUGCCCGUGAGGGAAGUGCAGGACUUCUUCCGGACACGGAUGAAGAGGGCGCUGGCCGCGGCUGUGCCAACGUCAUUCGACGGAGAUGCUUUCUGCGCCAACGGCAGGUUCCUGACCGAACUGGCCCGCAAGACGUUUUCUGAAAAGGGAGAGGUGAAGCCUUACCUCGUGCUCCUGGUUCUUGGCCAGUAUGCCUACCACGUUCACGCCAGGGAGGCGCCGCCCAGCGCCGACGUGAGCUUCCUGGAGGAAGGUUUUCUCACGGCAGCCAAGUUCGGCCAGUUGAAGAUAAUACGACUCCUGUACCACGUACAAGAGAAGACUGCACUGAGCGCCAAGGUGCUCAACCGCAUCCUACGGGACAGCGGCUCGGAAGAAGUAGCCCUAUCCAGCCAACGCGUGCGCGAGUUCCUGGAAGGCGCCGACGAAGAGAUGCAGAAAACGAGGCCGUGGUGCCGAGCGGCCAGCGUUUGCUUCUUCGUGCACCUCAACGUGGAGGAUCACCUCGACUACGUCAUGAGGCUCACGGCGUUCCUGGCCCCGGAUCCCAACGACCUCAUGUGGCAGUGUCCGGAGUUUGCCGACGUGCCGGCGUCUCGCAUGAAGGACGCUCGCCUUUGGGCCCGCAACUUCAAACGGGCUUUGCGCAAAGGAAAGUACGGCACUGCCGUUAGGCUGGACCAGUUGUAACCAGUUGCUGUACGCGGUGUGAGAAACCGCCGUUAAUGCUGCGCUGCCUUUCCAGACGAGAAAGUUUCAUUUCCAGGUGGAUUGUUGAGCCAGAAUCUUUCCAGCUGGGAAGACUCACGGUUCGGUAAUUCAGCUCCACGUGGAUGAAUAUCCAGCUGGAACUUCGUCAGUUCCCGACUAGUAUUCGGUUAUAUUCCAGCCGAAUAUUCAUCAACUUGCCGCUGAAUUAUAGUGUUAUAUAACCGAAUUAUCGAACCAGAAAUAUUUCGAGCUAGAAAGGUUCAAUAAUCGAGCUGGAAAUAGAAAUUUUUCCAUCUGGGAUCAGGUGUCCCUCGUGGUCACAUCGUUUCACUGCCAAACCUAGCAUCGAGGGUAUGCUGGAAUAUUUUCAUGUUUCUUCCAUCCUAAUGCGCAGCCCUUAUUAUAGCGUGUUCGUGGCGAUUGAAGCCGUCGUUAUGCCAAGCCAAGCAUCAAGAGCAUGCCGCAAUGUUUCGCAUCGAUGAAGCAUUGCUUUGUGCUAUAUGCCUUCCACGUAACCCAGGUGUAAAGUUAUAUGGCUUUAUCAUAUAUAUGCCUUCCAUGUAAGCCAUGUUUGGGUAUUCCAAUGGCACUGCCAAGUGCACGUCCAGAACACAUUGUCGAACCUUUCGCGUUGAGAAUUAGGCGCUGAAAGUCUUUAGCCGCGUUUCGCCAAAAUAUGUUUAAUUUCAUUUCAAGGAUACCUUGCCUCGUUGUCCUUUACUUUUCUAACCCCUAUUUUUCAGUUUUUGUAGCGCUGUCAUUCUGCCAGUGCCAACUCUGUGGAACAAGAUAAUCAUUCAAAACUAUUUCAUCUCCAGAGAUUUAUUUUUAAGUAAAACAAAUUGUGUUUUGGUUGGCUUCUUACAGUUAAUAAACGAAUUCAGAAUUUUGGCUUCGAUUCUCGCAUCCAAUUAAUUCAACUGCUGUGCCUAAAUAUUUGUAAGGUUUCACCUGAUCGUGUUAACCCAAGAUGAGGAGAUCGAAAGUGUUUUCCUUUUUUUUUAUGAUAAAUGAGGAAAGCAGCAAACAGGCCACCAAAGGGCUGGU